GUGUCAAUGUUUUCUGAGUGCAGAGUUUCAGAGUGGAGAACCAGAUCUUUACCUUGAAGCUGCAUCAAGGUCUGACUGUGAAUCUUGGGCUGUGGCUCUCGGAGAGGCAAGUUCUGAAGGUUUGCGCAAUAAAAUCGAGCAGCUCCAGAGACUGAUCAUGGAAAUCAAGGAAGAAAGAGCAGCAGAUGAAGUACCGGUACAUCAGUUCAUUCCAUCAGCACAGGCAGACAAUCUUGCAGAGUCCAAGCUUACAAAUCUUCAGAGGACUGUCAAUGAACCAAAACUUGAAUUCAGUCUUGCAUGUAAAGAUCUAGUGGCUCCAACUCGUGAUCGAAAACUGAAUACAUUUGUGCAGAUCACCGUGGUUCAACCUGGAGAACAGUCUUCAACACGAUAUACAAGCACAGAAAUUGUGGAGGGAACAAGAGACCCACUGUUUCUGACUGGUGUGACGUUCCCGCCGGAUUACCCUAUCUAUGAGGAGACUAAAAUAAAACUAACAGUCUAUGAUGUCAAGGAUAAAUCUCAAGACACGGUCCGCACCAGCAUUCUGGCAGAACAGAAAGAGCCAAGGACAGAUACUGGGCGAAGCUUCCUGGGUUGUGCUACAUUUAAAGUAGGUGAUUUGGUGAAAUCAAAGGAGCAGCCACUGACACUCAGCCUGAGGAGUACGGAUGGUGGGAAAACAUUUGGCACUAUAGAUGUCAGCCUUGUGAAGAUGGGGGAGACAGAGAAUGGGGAGGCAGAUCACAUCACAACAGAUGUGCAGGGACAAAAGUGUGCCUUGGUUUAUGAGUGUACAUCUCCAGAAAACACCAGUAGUAAAGACAAUUUACCUUUAUUAAAUGCAGUGUUAAAAAACCCGAUCUGUAAGUUAUAUAGAUUCCCCACUUCUGACAACAAGUGGAUGUGUGUACGAGAACAGAUGUCUGAGAGCACUCUUUCUUUUCAUAUUCCCAAGGAACUCAUCAGCCUGCACAUAAAGGAGGAUAUGAGAAGGAAUCAGGACCUUAAUGAACUCGGGGAACUUGCUCCACAUUGGGACAAUAUGCGGAAAAGUGUUAUUUCACACUGUGAUCAAAUGUUAACUCUCUACCAAAACAUGCUUGCAGAACUUGGGAAGUAUACAGGCUCUUCUUUCAAAUCAAGCUGCAGUAAAGGAGAAAAGACACUAGAAUUUGUUCCAAUCAAUCUACAUCUGCAGAGAAUGUAUGUGCACAGUCCUCGGCUAAAAGAUGCUCUCUAUGAUGUCAUCACAGUAGGAGCCCCUGCAGCACAUUUUCAGGGAUUUAAAAAUGGUGGUCUUCAGAAACUACUAAAUAAAUUUGAGGCAGAAAGGCGAAAUACUGGGUACCAAUGUAUUUACUAUUCACCUGAAAACACAGCCAAGGCAAAAGAAGUUCUUAGUAGCAUCAAUCAUCUGCAGCCUCUCAUAUCAAGCCAUGCAGACCUGCUGCUUAAUUCUGCAAGGCAGCAUUUGCCAGACAGCUUGAAGAAUUCCUUAAAGAUGCUUUCAGAAACGACAGAGUUAUUUGUACAUGCAUUUAAGGAUCAGCUGAUCAGAAGUGCCCUUUUAGCUCUAUACACAGCCCGUCCAGGUUGUGUCCUAAAAAAACCAACUGUGCCAAGGAACAGUGCUGAAGAGAGUGGGGAUCAGUCGAAUCAGGAGCAUCCAUCCCAAAUCAAGAGACAAGAUUCUAUACCUCACCAUUCGGAAUAUGACGAGGAAGAGUGGGACAGGGUGUGGGCCAAUGUGGGGAAGAGUUUAAACUGCAUUAUUGCCAUGGUGGAUAGACUGCUUGAAAAAGACAACACGCCCAGCAUCACUACGGAAAAUGGAAACGACCCUCUACCAGCAGAGCGUGUGGCGCCUCAUCUAAGUGGUGACUGGUAUGAACAACUUUAUCCACUCACAGUUACGCUGAAGGACUGUAUUGGAGAGGUGGUGACUAGGGCAAAGCAAUCAAUGUCUUUUGUUCUGCUUCAGGAGCUUGCAUGUAGCUUGCCACAAUGCUUAAUGCUGACCCUAAGAAGAGAUAUUGUCUUCAGUCAAGCACUUGCUGGAUUGGUCUGUGGGUUUAUAAUCAAAUUGCACUCCAGUUUGCGGGAUCAAGGCUUCCUGCAGCAGCUUCACACGGUCGGGCUAAUUGUUCAGUAUGAAGGACUCCUCAGUACAUAUAGUGAAGAAAUCGGAAUGCUAGAAGACAUGGCUGUGGGAAUAUCAGAUUUACAAAAAGUCAUGUUUAAAAUAACUGAAGCCAAAUCAGAUGACCUCUUGCCUCUUAUAACUGGAAGGCGGGGACAUUAUGUAAUAGAAAUCAAGCUCCCAGGAAAGAUGUUUGAGCUGCUUCCACAAGAGAUUAAAGAAGGGAAACUGCUCCAUGUGUAUCCAGUUCUCUUUAAUGUAGGAAUCAAUGAACAGCAAACACUCGCGGAGAGGUUUGGAGAUACCUCUUUGCAAGAAACUGUUAACCAGGAAAAUCUGGAGCUGCUGAAAGAGUAUUACAAGCUGUUCACAGAAAAAAUGCCUCCCGAUUGCCUACCACAUUUUCAAGAACAGAAUGACUUAAAAGGAUUACUAGAAAAUCUCCAUCAAAAUAUUCAGGCUAAAAAAAGAAAGAAUGUAGAAAUCAUGUGGCUGGCUGCAACGAUUUGCCGCAAGCUAAAUGGAAUCCGGUUCACCUGUUGUAAAAGUGCCAAAGAUAGGACAUCAAUGUCAGUGACACUGGAACAAUGUUCAAUUUUAAGAGACGAGCAUCAGCUGCACAAAGACUUUUUUAUCCGAGCCCUUGACUGUAUGAGGAGAGAAGGAUGCCGCAUAGAGAAUGUACUGAAGAAUAUCAAAUGCAGAAAGUAUGCUUUCAACAUGAUACAGCUGAUGGCUUUCCCAAAGUACUACCGACCUCCAGAGGGAACAUAUGGAAAAGCUGACACCUAAGCUUUAGACACCACACAAAAAAGGCUGUGUGUGCAGGAUCACACACCUGUGCUCAUUAGUUAACACAAAAUUGCUUUGUGCGUCUCACAGAUUGGGCAUACAUGAGAGGAAAAAUACCUAGGUUCUCCCCCAACUGUACUGUCAAUCAAAAGGAAACAUCGAUAAAAUAUGGUAGAUUGAGUGUUCUGGCAACCAGCUGUUUGUUAAAUAAAAGCCUAAUAAUAAUAAUAAUAAUAAUAAUAAUAAUAAUAAUAUAGAUUGUAUUUCAUAAGCCCACCAGAAUUAAAGGUUUGGUCACUAGUCAGAUAGAAGGCCAAAUGUUGAGUCAGUAGGGGUCACUCUGAGCCUGGACUUGAAAGUAAAUCCCACUUCUAUACAAAGCAACAUUAAAUUGCCUAAGAUACUGUCUACUGGGUUAAGGGCAAAGCUAAGGUGCUGCUCAGCUGUGGUGCAUAAGACCCAUGAUACGUUUAGAAAAGGAAUGUUAAUAUUGGUGACCUUGCAUUAGUAAAUAUUUGCUGCAUUUCUGGAUAAACUUUGCAGUUCCAGCUACAUACAUCGUUAAUGCAACAACAAAAAACUAAGUUCACACACUGGUCUAAGCCUUGGGCUUUAAGCCAUGUAAUGUAUUACAGUUGCCUUGGAAUCAGGAUCUGGGGUUUUACCUGCCAUUCUCAGUGGUGUUAAGCGACAACCUGUGUAAGUACCGUAAUUAUGAAACAAGGAUGGCCACUGGAGUCUGUCCAUAGCUGUCAACCUUCCCUUUUUUGGCGGGAAAUUCCCUUAUUCCAGCGCCGUUUCCCGCUGCUUGUCCCCAGGACAGGUGAGGCUGCUGAUCCCUUAUUUUCAAAUCUGAAAGUUGACAGCUAUGAGUCUGUCCCCUGUGCACUCUGAAAGUACCAAAAGGGAAAGGAGAUUCAACUAGUGGUUAUAAUAAAUGUUUGUAUGUAAAUGACAGUGAUAAUAAUUUAUUAAAAUUGUAACCUGCAGAAUCAAAACCAUCUGGGUAAAGAACCUGUAACCUAUUGCCAUAGAGUUAAAGCUAUAUAAAAGGCUAAGGCCAAAGAACAGCUCUUCAAUCUGAAAUGUAUCACUCGUGAAUGUUAAUAUGAAACCUAAAGCAGAGUGCCAUUUUCAAAUCAAAUGUAAAUACUACCCCAAUAUAAGUUUUACAUUUGAAUGGAAAGGGCUGGGAAUUGGGGGGGGGGAGUAAAUAGAGAAGAACCAUUUAAGAAAAUUAAGAUAUGUUGCUAUAAUGAUGCUCAGUGAGUUUCAGGCAGAUUGUACUACUGCAGUAAAUCUCUGCAUUUGAAACAAUGAGGUCUCAUUGUUUGUACAUUUCCACUGUUUUACUGGCAAAUAAGAGCAAUGACAGCCUGGGCAGGAAGAUAAGUUUUAAACAGCUGAAAGUACUAGAGAACUUCAGCAAAAUGGAUUGGAUCCAGACUUAAAUUAGAUGUGUGUAACUUAAGUCCUGCUAGUUAAGUCCCGCUAAACUCAUUCCCAAUGAUUUUAAUAGCUCUAAGCAUGGCUAAAUCUUUAUCCAACCCAGCGUUCUUACCACAGUCAAAACUUUGCAAAGGCACAAAUAUUGUUGUGAAAAGUGGUAGAAUAUCAACACACAAGCAAUAAACUUUUCAUUUCAGUGGGAUAUAAAUCUGUGUUUGUAUUUUCACUAUAAAACAGCUGCAUAUUGAAAGGUGCACUGCUGACCAGUGAAUCCGUAUUGUCAUAAGUAAACUUGUAUAAUGCUUUCAGAAAUGUUUGCUCUGUGAAAACUGCUUUGAGGAUUUGAGAAUAUGGGUUCUCAGAAGCAGUAUCUCUAGCAAUGCUGUGUUAAAAUGCCAUCUGGCAUCCCACUUUUGUUAAUAUUUAUGUGAUUAGUCCCACUGAAUUUAAUAUGUUUCAAACCAUUUGCUUACUUAAAAUAAUCAUGAAUUAAUUAGAAGUGAAGACAAUUCCCUGGCAAUACAGUAUCUUAUUGCGCACGUUGAUGUCAUGUAGCAAAGAAACAAACCAAAAUAUAAAGAAUAACUAAAUGUGAACAUUAAAAAAAAAUAUAAUACAGUAAGUCAGUAAGCAUCUGAGAAUGUAUUCAUAUUACCUACUGAAAAUUUAGCUUUCUGGAAUAAUUCACACAUGAAGGAAAAAAUGUACCGUGGAUGAAUUUUGUUGUAAGAUGUAAAUUAUUCUAAAGCAAUAGCGACACAUACUUUAAUCAGAAAUAGUUCUGGCUGAAGUCCAGAAAGGAUUAAGUCCAGGAAACCUUUUUUAUUUUAAUGGCCAGAAGUGUAAUCCCCCAAGGAAGGUCACCACAGUUGAAGUGAGUGGGAGCUAGUAAAGAAUGCUAUUUUCCAUUCAUUUCAGUUUCCUCCCAGAUCUUUAGUACUGAUGAGUGCAGGUAGAGGCUAAAACAGCCUAUCUCUCUUGUGACAAUUGUGUUUGGUUAACACCUAAACCAUGUUGCUGCUAUAAGUAAAUCAAAGUCUGGACUGAUAAUUUUUAGAAGUUUCAUCACUGAAGUUUCAGGUGUCUUUCAAAAGAAAGGUAGCAGGCUAGCAGUUUGCCUCUGGAAAAGUAUAAUACUUCAGGGACUUAUUCUUUAAUGCUAAGUUUUGUAGAAAAAUAGGAGAAAUUCUGUGAACAGCAGGAAAAAUCAUGAAUGCAGGAAAGUGCCAAAUAUAGUGCAUUUUAACUUAUGCUCCAGAACACAAUGCUACUGAGUUAGCAUAUACAACUGGCUGACAUUUUUAAAUUAUUUAAUACUAUAUAGAGUUUUCUGCAUGCUUAAGACCACUGGUUUCUGGAGUGCUUUACAGCCCUAAUGAAUGUGUGUUUACAGCACUUCCAGUGCCAUUAGACUUUGCUUGACCCUUAUGUAUUAUUUCUUUGGCUAUUUUUUUAAAAACCCACAUUAUUCAUCCUAGUGUGCAUUUCCAGUUGCCCAAACAAUAUUUUUAAUAUUUUAGCAUACUUUAAAAGGGAAGAAUGGCACAUAUCCAUAGGUCAGCGGUUGUAGGAAAACAGUGUGCUGUCUUGAGACUAUUUUUAAAGUAAUGAGUUUUUUUCUCUGUCUUUUCCCUCUGUGUUUCUUUAAUCUCAUGGCAUAUGAGACACCUUUCAUUCUAUGCUACCAAAGUCUCAAAGAACCAUGAUCUGUUGUUCUCUGCAUACAAAUGUAGAAUGCAAUUUUGUAAGCUGCCUUGUAAGAAGUUGUCCUAAAAGGUAUAGAUUAUAUAUGUGAUUAUGCUGUAAUGUUCUGAGUAAAAUGGAGGCCACCACGAAUUAUCUAUUGCAGGCAUAGGUAACCUUUGGCCCUCCAGAUGUUUUCGACUACAAUUCCCAUCAUCCCUGACCACUGGUCCUGUUAGGGAUCAUGGGAGCUGUAGGCCAAAACAUCUGGAGGGCCGAAGGUUGCGUAUGCCUGAUCUAUUGCAUCCAAUAAAAGUUUGUUCACAGGUGGCCACAGGUCAGUGAACUGAACUGCAAUUCCAUGUCCCCCAAAAGACAAUGAUUUGUGUUUCCUGAAACAUCACUCCUGCACAAACCCCAUUUAUUUGAAUGAAGAUUUUGCAAAAGCAGUAAUCAUUUGCAUUACCUUUAAAGCAUUUGUUUCUACUGCGAAACAUUUUGGAUAAAGUCCACAAGUUUUAACUAAGUUUUGGAGCACAGGCCCAAAGUAUAUUUGACAGCAUUGCCUCUUAAGUGAAUUGAGCAGCAGUCUUUUUUUGUUUUUGCUUUUAUGCAUUUAUGUACUGUACUUUCGUUUUUAUCAUUUUGGCUAUUGGUUUAAAAACUGCAGGUAUUGUUAUGUGUAAGCCAUAUCCAUUGUAUAUUGUGUGUGUGUGUGUUGUGCAUGUAUUUUUAUUUAAAUAAAUUUGUCUUAUUUUUCAUAGAGUUGA